AUGGCUCCAAAGCACAAGAGUACUGAUGCUGGCAAUUUGGAUAUGUCAAAGAGAAGCCAUAAAGUGAUUCCUUAUGUGAAAAGGAUGGAAUACAACAACAAUCAUGAUGAUGAUGCAAAGCUCGAAGAAGAAAUAGAAGCUGAGUUGGAUAAAAUCAGCAUUUCUGCCUUGGAAAAAGAAGAUGUGGAUAGUGAUUCAAACUCAGAAACCCAUAGUGAUGCUAGUGAUACAGAUCUAGUUGAAUUACCUGAGUCAGUGCUUCACUGUAUUAACAUCAUAAAGAAUAAGAGUAAAACUGCAGAAGAGCUCAUUCUUCAAGACUUUGAAGAUACUGAUAUUUUAAGCUGUGGUAAUGGAGCAGUUUCUAAUAAUCGUAUACAUUUAAGGAUAAAAUUACCAACUGAGUAUCAAGAAAAUUCUGAGCAAUUAAUGAAGAUAUUAGCUGAAAUAGAAAAGGAAGAGUUUCUGAGAAGUAAAAUCCAUUGUGCCAGUCCUGACUGUGCUCCAGAACCUGGUCCUUCUGAUUUGCCGGUGGAUGACUGUGAUUUCCCAGGUGGAUUAUACUGCUUAGUGAUAUUUUUGCAAGAGCAGGACAAGAUGAAUGAUGAGCUACAUAAAGAAGAAGAAAUGUGGGAGGAGAAAUUUAAACAGCAUGAGGAGUUUAUUAAAAACUUACAUUUACAAAUGGAAGAGGAAAGAACAAGAUUUGAAGACCUUCAGGAAAAAGAAAAAAUGCAUUUGUUAAAGCUGCAGCAUAAUGCAGCCAUAAAAAUCCAAGCUAGUUAUAAAGCAUUCAUAGUUUACCAGAAAUAUAGCCCAAUCAUAAAAGAACAAGUAGAAAAUAAGAAAAAGAAAGCACAAGAGUGGAAAGAAAAGGAAGCAAAAAUCCGACAAAAAGAAGACGAGACACGAAAAAGACUGGAAGAGGAACAAAGGAUAGAAGAAGAGAAAAAAAAGCAAAAGCAGGAAGAAUUUAAAAAGAGACAAAAAGAAUAUGAAGAAAAAAAGAUUAAUCUGAGACUGGAGAGACAAAAAGUAUUAUUUCAGGAAAAAUUAAGAAUCAGAGAAGAUGCAUGUGAACAGUUAACAAGUACAACAUUAAAGAAGGGAGACUAUAAUACCAAACAUUUAACUAUUGAAGGUACAUCAAAGGAUAAGGAGGAUAUAGCCAAAAAGCUAGUGGAUGAGAAAUCAAAGAAUCAGGAAGAAAUUCCUGUUAAGCUAGUAAUAAAUGGGAAAUCAACUAUGAGCGAAAAUGUACAUAGACAACUAUUAUUGAAAGAGUCAGUAGAAGAACAAUUAAAAGAACAUGUACCAAACAAAGCAAGUUUGGCAGAAUUAAAAGAAAAAGAAAAAAACGAAAAUCUAGCAAAACAGUAUUCAGAACAAUUAAUCAAUCUAAAAAGAAGGGAAAUUUUAGAUAAAAAACUUGAAUUAGAAUACCCAGAUCUAAAAGAAAAUGUGAAAGAACAGUUUAAACUGCAAGAAUUAAAAUCUCAAAUACAAAGAGAGGGAAAAUUGAAACAUGCCAUAGAUGAGAAUGUGGAACAAGAAUCCGAAAUAAUAGUAGGACAUAAUCAAGAAAUUAAUGAGGCAAAAAGCAGUGAAGUACAGCAAAUAGUCAAAGACAAUCAACAGAAGAAGAUACAACAAGAAGAAAAAGAAAAGAUAGAACAGACGGGAGCAUUAUAUGAAGAGAAUAAUGCUUCAAUAGUUUCAAUGAAACAAAACCUACUACCACUAGAAUUAGAACAUUCUGGAAAUAUAGGAAAAGAUGUAGUAUUACAAGAAGCUGAAAUUGAUUUAGAAUCCAAUGAAAUUGAGAAGAAUUCAAAAGACAAUGCUCUAGAUGUGAUUGUGACUGACAACACCAGUGAUACCAUAAUAAACACAGAAAGCAAAAUAAACAAGCAAGAUUAUACUUUAGGUAGACAAGCUCUUUGUGAAAACUCAAGUGGUUAUAAGGCAGAAAGAUCCUUGGUUUCUAAAGAAGCAAACUCUGUGAAAUCUGAGAUUAAAGAAAUUCCAGAAGCUUACCAGGAGAAUAGAUCUAAACAACGUGAAAGUAGAAUGACCUGCUCUGGAGCACAGCUGACCCUUCUGUCUUCUAUUGAAAAAAAGAGGCUAGCUUGGAUAAAAUCAUGUCAACCCUGGUUUGAAAUUUUCAAGAAACAUCAAGAAAAGAAAAUUAUUAAAAGAAAGAGAUCAGUGAAAUGUCCAGCCAACACCAUGCCACCUUUGAAUACACUAGAAAUUCUUCAAAGUGGCCCUUGGAAUACAUUACAGAAGGUUACAACAGUUACUUUUCAAGAUUUGCCAGGUUGUAGCCUCUCUACGCUGGCAGAGUGUACAGAUCUUCAGUUUCUGUCUCUUCGACGCUGUGGAUUAACUUCUUUGCACAGCCUGAGUAAUUGCAAAAGCCUGAAGUACAUUGAUGUACAGGAAAACCACAUUGAGACUAUCAAUUGUGAAAAUUUGGAAAAUCUCUGCAUUCUUCUUCUUAAUAAAAAUCAACUCAGUUCCUUGCAUGGUUUGGAUGGUUGCACUAAUAUUCAAAAUCUUGAACUUUCAUACAAUAAAAUCACUCGAAUUGGUGGUCUAGAAUCUUUGAAAAAUCUUCAGCAACUAAUUUUGGACCACAAUCAAUUAAUUAGUACAAAAGGUCUUUCUGAUACUCCUACCAUUAUAUAUCUGGAUUGCUCACAUAAUCAUCUAACUGAAGUUGAGGGCAUUGCAAAUUGUGGAUUGCUUCAAAUUUUGAAGUUACAAGGAAAUUAUCUAAGUGAGCUUCCAAAAUUGGGGGAUCAUGUUCUACUAAGAGAAUUGCACUUGGAUGAUAACAGCAUUUCAACUGUGGAAGCGUUUUCUUCAUAUUGGCUGCCUUUACUACAAAAUCUUACUCUCUCUCAAAACAGUUUAACAGAAAUUAUACCACUUUUUCAUUUUAUUUCUUUGGAAAAAUUGGAUGUCAGCAACAAUUGCCUUUCUGAUCUUACAAGUGCCAUAAAGUGGUUUGAUGCUUGCAUUUCUCUCCAUGAAUUGUCUCUCAGUGGAAAUCCACUUCUUCAAGAAAUAAACUGGAGGCAUUCUCUUCUUAAAUUAUUACCUACUCUAAGAAUUCUCAAUGGUGAAAUGCUUAAUAAUUCUUCAGAAAGCCACACUGAAGAACAAUAUCAGCUAGAAUCAAGAGGUUUCCUGGCACUUUGUCAGUCCCAGGUUCGAGAAUUCAACUUACUUAUUGAAACCUAUAUCACUGAAAAAGGGAAUAUAUUCUCCUUGGAUGGUGCAGAAAAUCUCUGCCAUUAUUUUAAGAAGUUGAUGACACUUAGUAAACAAUACCGAUACAUGCAUGAAAAUAUGAAUGUAAGUAUCUUGGAGAGAGAUGAAGCAGACGCCCAAGGAAAUUAUUUGACCUCCACACAAACUGGCAACCUACUGCAAAAUAGGGUCCUCAACUCUUGUGCAAAAGAACAAAAACCAGACUCACCAAAUAUUUCUGAGAAAUGGAUCAACUCUGGUUCUGAUUACUCCUCAUUAACUAAUUCCUCUACAUGUAACAGUAUAGAAGGAAGGAAUCAAGAAAAAAUAGGAAACCAGAAAAGUGAAGCUACUCUGGCAAGUGGCAUCUCCACUAAAAAAAUACCGGGCACAGAAAUAGUAAUGACAACUUGUCUGAUGAGGAAUUGCCAAAAUAUUCAACCUAAUGAAAAAAUUAUGGCAACUAUGAUAAUCCAGGCAUGCUGGCGUGGUUACAUUGCACGCAAACAGAUUCAUUUUUCUACAAGGCGACAUACUACAGCAACAGGACCGCUGACAUCCCAGACAAAUUCCUGCAUCAAGAACCAGACUAUUUUAAAGGAGGAAAAAACAGAAUAUACAGUACAUACCCCAGAAGAGAGGGAGAAGGCUGCUGUUCUUAUUCAGGCAGUUUGGAAGGGCUUUCUUUUGCGAAAAAAACUGACAACAGCUCUAGAAGCUAUUAAGUAUGAAGAAAAUGAAGAAUAUGAAGAGAUAGAUUUAAAAGAUUUUAUGUUUGAUGAAGCUGCCUUAGAGGAAGAAUGGCUAACUUUAGAUUCUACCCACUUCCCUUCACAAACACAGCUUCUACCAAACCAGCUGCACUGGCCAAAGUAGUCUGGAACCUUGAAAUAUGAUGACACUUCACUUAGUUUACCAAGCCAUCCAGCUCAGGCAUGGCUGUGCAAUGAGAAAGAAAACGUGUUCUCACCAGGGCACACACAAUUUAAUAGCAGAUCAGAAAACAGAUCUUUUUCUUGGACACCUGAAUCAAAGACCAGUGGGAAAAGUUUGCUAAAAUCUGAAAAAGAAAAAAAAAUUUCUGAAGAAUGGGGCUUUAAGGAUAUUUCUACUGCUCAGCAAAUGAUGAAGAGAGCUCAGAAAAUGAAAUCAAAGAAGUUAAGGGGAAAGAAAGGUAAGGAAGAAGAAUUUAUCCACAAGGUUACCACUGAAUAUGAAAAAAUGGAAAGAAGUAGAGAAUAUACAUACCAAUGGCUUCACACACAGGUUGGGGUUCAUGAAACAACUAGUUCCAGAAAUAUGAAAUGCAAUCACUUCUUGCCUGAGUUAGAUCCAGAUGUGCUUAAUGGAGGAAGAGUUCAGCUUGUGGCAAGACUUGUAAGCAGAGAAGACACGGAUUUAGACCUUUUUUCCAUGACCAGUGGAAGUGCUUUGUCUGUGAACAGAGAAAAAAAAAAUCAAGCACACAGACACUCAGCGGGAUCUUCAAGUAAGUUGUGGUUUCCUUCAGAAUUAAUUUAGAAAUCACAAAUGAAUUGA